GUAUUUUAUAAUAUUCUCAAAGGGCAAGUGCGCUCUUUUUGUCUCUCUCUCUCUCUCGCUAGGUUAUCACUUCUGUUUCAAAAACCUAAUUGCUUUCCAAUCGCGGCCUAUCCCGUUUUACAGCUUCGAUAAGGGCAUGCUCUCGAACAACAGAGGCAUUGAUUUUAGGAGUUGGCAAUGGCGGGAGUGAUAAAGAAGUUCUUCAUUGCUUCAAUGUUUAUGUGGAUGGCUCCUAUUAUCAUCCUGUAUGGUUUUAACCAUGACUUGAUCCCUGGUGUAAGCCAUUUAUCUCCCCAUUCCUUGACACUGCUGAGUGGGUUUGUUGCUGUUAUAUCAGUCAACAUAGUUAUUGCAUUCUACAUUUAUAUGGCAAUGAAGGAACCUUCAGAUAAGCAUGAGCCAGAUGCAAAAUUUGUUUCUGAGGCCAAAGCUAGUGUUAGUCAGCUUACAGGUAAAGCAGAGGAUUCUUCACAAUCUCUGAAGAAAGAAGAGUAGGCUGGGCAAGCCACAAUUUCAGCACCUGGGAUGAACAGACCUCAUUGAAGUUGAGGCUGGGCUUUGAUGACAGUGCAAGAUUUUUCGUGGGACGUGACUUCCCACUGUUUAUUGUACGUUAUAUUUUGGCCUGUUCGCUGUUUUUUUUUUAUCCCAUUUCACAUGAUGUAGCAAUUAUUACCUGAAAGAUCAGCAUUUCAAGGAUGAAUUAUUUGUAAUUAUGAGUUCUGCAUGAUGACAUUGUUGUGGCAGCA